GUAUUUUAUUUAUUUUUUGUUGUAAACUGUUCAGAGAGUGUUGUCUUUGGACAGUAAAUAAAUAAAUAAUAUAUCAGGGAUGGUUAUGAUUGCUUGAGUACAGAGGAAGGGAUUUCAUUCCCUGGUUAAUUGCCAAGAGUUGUUAAAAAGCUGUGGAUGCAGAUUUCUUUGGGUUUAACAGCUUGAAUUCCAAAUUUAAAAAAUGGGCAACAGACUUAGUCUGCUUCAGCCACUAUAAAUUUUCCGGAAAGGGAAAAAAGCAUGUGUUUGACAAUUUAGUUUUCAUGACAAUGAUAGGGAAGCUGAAUGGAGGCUAACCCAUUAUAGGGGACUGCAGAGUACUACAGUUUAGUUUAAAAUAGAUAUAGAUGGAGAGGUUUGCAAAUAACACUUCUCAUUAGAUGUUUCAGUAGAUCUGACAAAUUGUGCGUUCUUCUCAAAGCUUUUUAGUAGUGUCUUCCCAAUUCUUUUAGCUUGCUUCUUGACUACCUUCCUAUGGCUCAAAACAUAGCUCACACGGAACUUGAAAAUGCCUGUGUGGCCUUGAAAAUCAAAUUGUGUUGCUGCACAUAUGGAACUGAGCUUUGGGACGCAGUGGAUGCUUACUUAAGAUUGGUAAUUAUUCUGUCUCUCUGUCUCUUUCUCUCUCCCUCUCAAUCCCAUAUUAAGUACAAAUGCUGCAUUAUACCCAAAGGAAGAUGCUGACCAUGAAAAUUUGGGCUAGACAGCUGAGUAGAACAUAGGGUCAUGCUUGGAAAGAGUCACAAGGAAUUACUUGCAUCCUAAUCAGAUACUGGGUUAUUCUUGGAGUGGAGAGAUACCAGUGUGAGGGGUCUCUGAAAUAUACUGACAUUCCAAGAUAAGUUACAGGAUUUGAAACAAAGGGAAUUAAGGGCUUAGUGGCUUGGAUCCCACCUCUCUUGCUGGACGUCUUCCCUGGCCAGGAAGUGAGCUGAGCCAAGAGCAAGUCCAUGGAUGUUAGCAACUUCAUUGCACAAAGUACCAAAUUCUUUGUGCCGAGUUUGCAAAGCCUGCAAAUUAUGUGUGUGGAAGCAAAACUCCACUUCUGUUGCAUGAGCAACUUUUGUGCAUACCAGCUUGGUUGAACUUGCCUUCUACCUAAUGCCCAUGUGUGCUCAGCGUGAGGUGGAUAUAGGGUUUAGAGAAAGUGGGCUGGAGUCUGGGGAGCUGAAUGGAGGAAAUCCUAUGGAUUCCCAUCCCCAACUGUAUUUCUCACACAUCACUUAGUGUCUCAGAGCCUGGGCUAGAUUGUGUCAAAACAAAGGGAACAAUAGUUUUGUUCAGAUAAAUUAAUAAAUAAAUAAAACUUAUUUGCAUCGUGUUGCAUUUUCUUCUAACUGGUGGUACAGAAUAGUAUAGUACAAUAUUCAUAACAAAACAUGGCAUCAAGUGUGCUCAGGUAGUGCUUGACCUUGUUAACCUGCCUGAGAGCUGAGAUGCUUCAGGAAAGCACUAGAUUUUUUUUCCAGAAUUUUUUACUAGCCAAUUCAAAGGUACCAUUGAGGGCUAGUUACUUGGGUAGAUGUUUUCCCUGCCACAGGAACAAUCACCUUUAAUCUAGGAUGGAGCAUGCACAUUCAAUGAUUCGUUUGUGUCUGUGAUGGUUUCAGAGCCAUUACUGUGUUCUGGGCAGUUUACUCUGUCUUCUGAAACCAACAUGGAUUCUUAACCAAAGUAUCAGGGUACUGUCAAUUAAAUACGCAAAGUAGACUAUACAAGGCAGAGAGCCAGCACUUCUGAAAUUCCUCUGUAACAAUCUCUGUGGGGUGGGAGGGCAGGUUAUGCAUGUGCAGGCCUUGUAUAUGUGCAAAGCUUCCUUCACAGUCUUUGACAUGUGCAAACAUUCCUCUGUGGGGCAACUGGCUUCUUCAUCCUCUCCCUUGUAGCCAUUGGCCUAAAGUUGCUGCUGCUUUUGGCAUGUAGGAUGUGAUCUUCAAGUUAUACCCAUGCAAGUGGAGAGAGGACCACCCGUGACUUAGUAGUAGAGUAUACCUUUUUCAUGUAUUAGUUUCAAGCUUUUAAUUCCUGGCUUCUCCAAAGGAAAGUCUUGAGGAAGAAAGUUCUGGGGAAACCUUGUUCCAAGAGUUUGCUUGCUGCCUGUUACUAGUGGGCUAAAUGGACUAAUGGUCCGAUUCAGUACAAGACAUGUUCAUUCCAUGUAUUCGUCUCUUAUGUAAACUAUUUAUUUAUUUAUUAAAACAUUUCUAUGAAAGUGCAACUAUGAGCAACCGCUAGACAAUAAUUCUAUUCAGUCAAUUUCUCCCAACAUUUAGAAGAAACAAGUAGCUUCUUGGAGGUACAUAUAUAGUUGCAUCAGACCUUUUAUGGAUAUUUUGGUAGUCUGUUAAAAGGCAAAGCUUUCCUUAUGUUGAAGAGGGGGGAACCUCACUUAGAAGUGGUCAGAAUUAUUCAGAUGUAUAUGUAGCACUUAGGCAUGAGAAGGUGCAAUGAGUAACACAGUGACUGGUAAUGUUUGUUUAUUAAACCAAAUGUUAUUUUUAUUAUUUCAGAGAGGCAUGUUUAUUGAAAAUUUGGUAAAGUCUGAGGACAGCGAUCUGUUUUUUAAUAAUUUGCACAAGUACUAAACUUACUGUUAAUACUAGGGUUUCAAAAAUUCUUGACCAGUAUUUGAAUGAUUCAUUGACCAAAUAUUUUUGAAUUCAUCUGUUCAAACUGUCUUUCUAAACAUAGCCUUAGACCUGCCCCUGACCUUCUAGAUUCUUUUAAGCUUUUCCUGUGACUUACAAGAUUUGUUUUAGUUCUGAUUGUUCUGGCUCCAAUUCAUAGAUCCUUCUGGGGCAGUAGUGAGGGUCAGUAUUUUUAACAUUUAAAAAAUGACACUCUGUCUUCUUUUAUGCUCUCACUUUUACUGCUGAGUCCCUUCCUGUCCUGUCCUGUCCUUUCCUUUCCGACCAUUUGCUCUUCUAUUAAUCGAAAUAAUUACACUAUUUUGUAUCAUCUUCAAGAAUUCAUUAUAUAUUUGGUAUUUUUUUUAUUUUAGUAAAUAGAAGUUGGAUCUGGGGAAAAAAGGCACAGUUUGAUACUUACAAAGGCACCUUCUCAGCUUUUUAAAGCCUUCCAGUAAUUUUCAGUUGUAUUUGUGUGGAAUGCACUGUAUUCUGGAAGCCAAAUGUUAGUCUUGGAAUAUUUAUGGCUUUCCAUUUACAUUUCCUUUGUGUUCUCAUUAGCAGAACAGUAAUAAUAAAUUGAAAUGCUAACAGAUAGUCAUUUUUGCCAAUAGGGGAUGUUAUUAACAAACUUGAUGAAAUAUUUGAAAGUGCAAUCAUGUUAAAAGUGUGAAGCUUUCCUUCCUUAAACAUUGCCUAUAAUUGUCUCAUAUAUAGUGUGUGUAACUUUUGGCACAAUUUUGCAACAAUAAAUAUCUGUAAUGUCUUUAAUUUCUUCCUUUGAAGCCUAUGAUCUUGGCAAGAUUUUUUUUUUUACUAUAAUAGCAUAAUGCACUCAUGCAUACAUACAGUCAAACAGUAUUGUGGAGUUACAGGUUAAAUGAGUAUCACAUCAUUACUAUUAAUUUGUGUAAAAACAUCUUGAUAUUUUUUCUUACGUUUAUUACUACAGAUUUUCAUGGGUUGGAUUCAAAGGCUAAGCAAUUAGGCAUUCUCUUCUGCUACCCCACAUUGUACACAUGCCUUCUCAGGAGGGUGAGAACCCCUCUUAAAUCAUGUAUGUGUGAAGACUGCAGUGGAAGGAGGAAAGUAGCCCAAAAUUUUAUGAAGGAAUGUUGCAGGAGUGUUCACUAGGUUUGCUCCAUCAGGUGGUUGUUCCACUAAGUUUAAGGCGAUUUUUUUUCCUUAUUGGAGUUCCCUGCAACCCUCCUUGGUGUUGCUAGCACUCCAUUCAGCCUCCUAUCACUAAGACCCCUGGAAUCACCUCAUGAAACUGCUGCCUGCCCUUGGACUGGAAGCAUUGACAUGGUCCCUUCCACCUACUCACCAAACGUACUUUGAGAGAUGAGGACUCCCUAGGAAUCAAGCUUUCUACAACUGUAGGUACUGAGGGGAGUCCCACUGUGACCCAACACCUCUAAAGAUUGCAGCCCCUCUUUGUAGGGGCCCUCUCUAGUGAUGCCCUCGCCUCUCCAGCCAGAAACCUUUCAGGAACCUCCAGAAUGUUCCUUACCCUUGCCGUACUUCCAUACUGAUCAUCAUUGCCUGUCUCUGUGCAUUCCAUGUUGUGACCACCAUCUCCUUCUUCUGUGGAUCUCGAAGACUACCCAUCUGACUUAGCUUCCUCCUCCUAAGUCUAUCUUUCCUCUGGAUGCUGCUGUCACUGACCAAGGCCCUGCAUUGCUAUCAGAGGAUAUGGAAUAACUCUGAGCAAAUCUUGUGAAUAGCAUAGUCUGUUGACCUUGAUAUCCAGCAGCAACAUUCUCUGUGUGCUUUGCUCUUUGCACCAACUUGUCCUCAAGCAGAGAGAACCACCUUGACAGUGGAGCCAGGAGUUUUACAAAAAGAUAGUGAUCAUGGGAAAGUCUCCACUUUGGAUUCAAAUCUUUACACGAGAAGUGUUUUUUCCAGCUUUGAUAGCAAGCUGUUCAGAGCUCAAACAGUUCUGUUAUCUGUGGAGUCUCAAUGAGCGAACUGUAUUUCAGAGGAUUGUUUGAGUUUUUGGAACCUGAGGGAAGCCACUGACUCAUGAUAGGGAAGGUCUCUUUAAUAUGAGUGCAUGGAUUCCAUACAAAAGGUAUGGAUAAUGGCUAGAAGGAUGAGAAUCUACCAACAAUCCUUGUUAAGACUACGCAAGUGGUUUUUCUGCACACAGACCUCUUUCUACCAUGAGACCAAGUGGACCAGGCACCAUAGUAACACCUUUUGCCUCCCCUACCACACACACACCAAAAGAAGAGACACUUCUAAUGGGUUCUGUCAAGGGCGCAGACAUAUGAUGUCAACAAGUGACAGUGUUGACUUCUUCUCCAGGCUCCCCCCCGCCCCCAUCCUCACUCCCCUCUAUUUAUUUGCGAUCUUUCUUCCUUCCUCCCUGCGUGGGGAGCAAUGACAUUGGAUGCCUGGAUUGUGGAGAAAGGCUGCAGAUCAAGUUCAACACCCUCACACAGCUCAGUACCAUGAGGAGUACAAACCCAACUGCAGCCUUAAUGUUGCAGGUAAAGUCAUUACUCUCCAAGGGAACAAUUGAGCAAGUCUUUUCCAUGUGCUCUGCUACAGCUUUUACUCCAGAUACUUUAUGGUGCUGAAGCAGGUUGGAGGACUCUGACCAAUCCUCAAUCACAGAGGCAUCAACUCCUUCAUUACACUGAAUAAAUUUUGCAUGGACACUUUGCAGAAUAUCUUACCCUUGCUGCAGCAAGGAGAUUGCUUCACAACCAUAAACUUGAAGGAUGCCUACUUCCACAUCUCCAUAGAACACUCGUACAGGCACUUCCUAUACUUCCAGGUUGGAAGAGAGACCAGUGAAUGAUGCACCUUUUGGGUUGACCCUUCAUAUGUAGUCUUCCACAGAGAUAAGGUGAGGUUGCAUCCAGACACUUCCUUCCUCCUCAAGGUCAUGUCACCCUUUCACCCUUUCUGCCUCAUUGAAUCUGAUGGAAUCCACAGUUCAUAUGCUGGACAUUCACAGAAGAUUGACAUUCAGUCGCAAAAAAUCUUCAUCUGCUAUGACACCUGGUGUUCCCCCAAAGCCAGCAACCUGGAUCUUCAGUACAAUUUUCCUGGCCUAUCAACUGACCCACGUACUCUCAGGAAGGCUAAAAGCCAAUUCUACCUCAACAGUGGCAACCUCCAUGGUUCUACAUGUAGGAAUCCCCCAGCCAGACUUCUGUAGAGGGGCUGUCUGGUCUUCUCCAUCAAUAUUUGUGAAGCCCUACAGACUCAACAUCUGAUCCAGAACAGACUGCUCAGAGCAGCCUCCCCUCAGUCUUUCAGUGAUGACACUGACCUACUUUCCAGGAAGGUGAAGUACAUACUUUCCUGAAGCUGCCGCAGCCCAGGUAGCAUACAGCUGAAUCCAUUUUCAACCCCUUUAAAAUAGCUUGAGAUAAAGGAUCUCUUGGAAACAUGUAUCCUCCAGGGGCCUACCUUGGAUGCUAAAACAGUAGCACAUCAUCAAUCAUGGUUGUUUCAGGAUUAAAGGCUGUUCCACUGUCAUUGCCAAGCCUUUUCUUUCUCACUUUUCACCUCUCUGCAUCUCAGAAUAUUAUUGACUAUCCUGAAGAUGAACAACAGUGCUCAAGAAGAGAGCAUCCUGUGAUUUCCUUUGAAGAUCUGAAGCCCUGGGUCUCAAAUUUCACGUAUACAGGUGUACGGGAUUUCUCUCAGCUUGCUCUGGAUGCCAAUAGGAAUCAACUCAUUGUUGGAGCCAGGAACUACCUCUUCAGACUUAGCCUACACAACAUUUCUCUUAUUCAGGCAACAGAAUGGGGUUCAGAUGAAGACACCAGGAGAUCCUGUCAGAGUAAAGGAAAAACUGAGGAGGAAUGUCAGAACUAUGUUCGUGUUCUGAUUGUUUAUGGCAAGAAGGUUUUCACUUGUGGCACCAAUGCUUUUUCACCAGUGUGUUCCAGCAGACAGGUAGGAAAUUUAAGCAAAAUAAUUGAGAAAAUAAAUGGAGUAGCUCGCUGCCCCUAUGACCCUCGGCACAACUCAACAGCCGUGAUCACAUCACAGGGAGAGCUAUACGCUGCAACUGUCAUUGAUUUCUCUGGACGGGAUCCAGCUAUUUACCGCAGUCUUGGAAAUGUUCCACCUCUUAGAACAGCACAAUACAACUCCAAGUGGCUUAAUGAGCCAAACUUCAUCGCUGCGUAUGACAUCGGUUUGUUUACUUACUUCUUUUUCCGUGAGAAUGCUGUAGAACAUGACUGUGGAAAAACAGUCUAUUCUCGUGUGGCAAGAGUUUGCAAAAAUGACAUUGGGGGGAGAUUUUUGUUGGAGGACACAUGGACAACAUUCAUGAAGGCUCGGCUGAACUGCUCCCGCUCUGGAGAAAUCCCAUUUUACUACAAUGAACUACAAAGCACUUUUUAUCUUCCCGAACAAGAUUUGAUCUAUGGAGUUUUCACUACCAAUGUAAACAGUAUUGCUGCUUCAGCAGUGUGUGCCUUCAAUCUUAGUGCUAUUACACAAGCCUUUAAUGGGCCCUUCCGAUACCAAGAAAAUCCAAGAUCUGCAUGGCUGCCAACAAUAAACCCCAUCCCUAAUUUUCAGUGUGGAAUAUUGAAUGAUGAUAGCCCUAAUGAAAACUUGACUGAGAGGAUCCUGCAGGAUGCCCAGCGCUUAUUCCUGAUGAAUGAUGUGGUGCAACCAGUCUCUGUGGAUCCAUAUGUCACUCAGGACAACAUUCGUUUUUCUAAGCUGGUGGUUGACAUAGUUCAAGGCAAGGACACACUUUAUCAUGUGAUGUACAUUGGGACAGAGCAUGGCACCAUUUUGAAGGCACUUUCUACCACUAAUAAGAGCCUAAGGAGUUGUUAUUUAGAGGAAAUGCAGAUUCUUCCAGCCAGCCAAAAGGAACCAAUCCAGAGCCUCCAAAUAUUGCACAGUGACAGAUCACUGUUUGUUGGUUUGAAUAAUGGAGUGCUAAAAAUUCCUCUGGAGAGAUGUUCAAUGUACAGAACAGAAGGUGAAUGCUUGGGAGCAAGGGACCCUUAUUGUGGCUGGGAUAAGAAGCAGAGGCGAUGCACAACCAUUGAAGACAGCUCCAAUAUGAGUUUGUGGACCCAGAAUAUUACUGAAUGCCCUGUGAAAAAUCUGAUGGUAGAUGGGCGGUUGGGGACCUGGUCCCCAUGGCAACCAUGUGAGCACUCAGAUGGAGACAUCAUGGGUUCCUGCCUGUGCAGGUCACGCUUGUGUAACAGCCCUCGCCCCCGGUGUGGUGGACGCGACUGUGACGGAGCCAGGAUAGAAAUUGCAAACUGCUCAAGGAAUGGAGCUUGGACACCCUGGUCGUCCUGGGCCCCCUGCAGUACUUCCUGUGGGAUUGGCUUUCAGGUCCGUCAGAGGUCGUGCAGCAACCCUGCUCCGCGAUACGGAGGCAGGGUCUGUGUCGGACAAAGCAGAGAGGAGCGGUUCUGCAAUGAAAACAGCCCAUGCCCGUUACCAAUCUUCUGGUCUUCAUGGGGCCCUUGGAAUAAAUGUAGUGCAAACUGUGGUGGAGGAGUGCACUCUAGGCAAAGGUCCUGUGAAAAUGGAAACACCUGUCCAGGCUGUGCCGUGGAGUUUAAAACCUGCAGCCCAGAGGCCUGCCCAGAGGUGCGGAGAAACACACCUUGGACUCCAUGGAUGCCCACCAAUAUCACCCAGAGUGGUGCCCGCCAGGAGCAGCGCUUCCGCUAUACCUGCCGUGCUCAGCUUGCUGACCCCCAUGACCUCCAGUUUGGCAGAAAGAAGACAGAGAAUCGGUUCUGCCCCAAUGAUGGCUCUGCGGUUUGUGACACUGAUUCUCUAGUCGAUGACCUUCUGAAAAGUGGCAAGACUUCUAUUCGGAUUAUCAGUGGUGGUUGGUCCUUCUGGGGAGCUUGGUCCUCCUGCUCCCGAGACUGUGAGCUGGGCUUCAGGACUAGGAAGAGGACAUGUACCAAUCCGGAGCCAAAAAAUGGUGGCCUACCUUGUAUAGGAUCUGCAGUGGAAUAUCAGGAUUGUAACUCACAUCCCUGUCCAGUGAAAGGAUCAUGGUCCUGCUGGACUCCUUGGUCUCAGUGCUCGGCCACUUGUGGAGGUGGACAUUACCAGCGCACCCGGACCUGCACCAACCCAGCGCCUUCUAAUGGGGAGGACAUCUGCAUUGGGCUGCACACAGAGGAAGCCCUCUGCAAUACACACUUGUGUGAAGGAGGCUGGUCUGAAUGGUCUGAAUGGAGUCUAUGUAAUGAAGAUGGAAUCCAGUAUCGUAGUCGUUACUGUGAAAUCCACAGUCCAGGAUCGCCUCACUGUGCUGGAAACAGUACACAGUAUCAAGAUUGUUUGUACAAUGAGAUCCCUGUAAUCCUGCCAGCCUCAAGCAUUGACGAGAGCACGAACUGUGGAGGUUUUAGCCUCAUCCACCUGAUUGCCACCGGAGUCUCCUGUUUCUUUGGUUCUAGCCUGUUAACAUUUGUGAUCUACGUUUACUGCCAGCGCUGCCAGAGGCAAUCUCAGGAAUCAACUGUUAUCCACCCCACCACUCCUAACCAUCUCCAUUACAAAGGCAACACAACUCCCAAAAAUGAGAAAUACACACCUAUGGAAUUCAAGACACUUAACAAGAAUAAUCUAAUACCAGAUGACAGGAGCAACUUCUAUCCUUUGCAGCAAACAAAUGUGUACACGACAACCUAUUAUCCCAGUACACUGAAUAAAUACGACUACAGGCCAGAGGCCUCUCCGGGAAGGACCUUUACUAACAGCUGAUGAUAGUCAGAUCCUCCAAAAACUGGAUUACUUCCUAUAUGAUUUUUAUUUUUUAAAUUGAGUUUAUGGACCAAACCUUGGCCCAGCCUCUAGAUGUAAAUAUUACACAGCGGGCCUUUUAUUUUCUCUUUUAUCAGUGGUCUUACUUUUGAGUAGCACAUCUCCUUAAGUAGAUCCACUGCUUAUGGAUAACGGAUGAUCUGGUCUGG